ACAACGGACAGUCUCUCAUCUCCAACUUCCAGUCUCCGCUCUCCUUUUUCUCUCUGUACUUAAAGUUCAGAAAAAUUCCUAACAUUCUUCACUCAAACUUCAGAAAAAACUAACGAAAACAUGGUUUCCUCAGCAGAUCUAUACAACCAACUAAAGUCCGCAGAACCCUUUUUUGUAUUAGCUGGACCAAAUGUGAUUGAAUCUGAAGAACAUAUUUUCAGAAUGGCUAAACAUAUCAAACACAUCACCGACAAAGUUGGUGUGCCGCUUGUGUUUAAAUCGAGUUUCGAUAAAGCUAAUCGAACAUCGUCUAAAUCAUUCCGUGGUCCUGGUUUAGAGGAAGGCUUGAAGAUCCUUGAAAAAGUUAAACUUGCAUAUGACUUACCAAUUGUUACUGAUGUGCAUGAGAGUUGGCAGUGUGAAGCUGUUGGAAAGGUUGCUGAUAUUAUCCAAAUUCCUGCUUUUCUAUGCCGUCAGACAGACCUUCUAGUCGCAGCUGCAAAGACUGGAAAAAUUGUCAACAUUAAGAAGGGACAAAUGUGUUCUUCUUCUGUUAUGGCAAAUUCUGCAGAGAAGGUUAGGUUGGCUGGUAAUCCGAAUGUGAUGGUUUGUGAGCGAGGCACCAUGUUUGGUUAUAAUGAUUUAAUUGUUGAUCCCCGCAACUUGGAGUGGAUGCGAGAAGCAAAUUGUCCCAUCGUGGCCGAUAUUACACAUUCAUUGCAACAACCUGCAGGGAAAAAGCUGGAGGGUGGAGGAGUUGCAAGUGGAGGUCUUCGAGAAUUAAUACCAUGUAUAGCAAGGACGUCAGUUGCUGUCGGGGUGGAUGGCAUCUUUAUGGAGGUACAUGACGAUCCCCUAAGUGCACCUGUUGAUGGUCCAACGCAGUGGCCAUUGCGUAACUUGGAGGAGCUAUUACAGGAGCUGGUGGCGAUUGCUAGGGUUAGCAAAGGAAAACAGCAGUUCAAAAUAGAUCUUACACCAUUUCGUGAAGAUUAGUCUUGAAUUCAUCGGAAAAGAUUUAGCCAGAAAAGCGUUGUAGCCACCAUUUUAGUGAUAAUGUUUUUCCACAGUUUAAACUUAUCUCUGCACCGAGAAAAGGAAAUAUUGAGGAAUGUAAUUUCUGUCUAUCCUAGCAGUUUCGUCCCCCAUAUAAGCAAUUCAUUUACAUGAACUUCCCAGUUUUGGGUUUGUUAAAGACCUUGUAAAAUUGUAAUGUCAUUCUGUUUUUUCUAUUGUAAUGUCACUCAGUCUUUAAUGUUUGGCCUUGUAAUGCAAGAUUAAUUUUUGUUUGUA